CCUAGCAGUUGGCAUCCUCGCUCCGAAAUGUCCUCGCAACGGCAGUGCGUCUGCGUUCCCAUUGAGACCAUCGACCUGUGCAGCCCAGAAGCUAAGCCGGCAAAGCGCAGGUGCCGAGAGCUCGUGGAUCCGGACGAUCCCUACAGGUGCCCCAUUUGCAUGGAGUAUGUGCGACGACGCCAACCAGGUGCCACCAAAUGUGGCCACGUCUUCUGCUUCGGCUGCAUCGAUAAGGCCAUUCGCAGUUUCGAGAAGUGCCCCAUCUGCAACAGACAACUAACUAUUGGACAAAUACUGCCCAUAUUUCUUUAAAGUUAUUGAAAUUUUUGU